GGAACCUAUACCGUUUUGCUCAUACUCGACAAGACGCAGUCCGACAUUCAUAUCUGUAAGAUACGACAUCUUGAGGCAUAAUGAAACCAAGAGCGACCAAAUCAGCAUGGGGCUGAGUUGCCAAGACCUACUCCAACGCUCAACCAUUCUACGAUCCAUGAAAUACAAGCAUCAUCUCGGAGGCGGCAGAUGGGGACCAACGGGGGUUUUCAAAGGCUUGCUUGCCCUUUGUUGCAAGGCUUGAUCAUCCUGCGACUGUUGUAAAGAUCCAUAUCACCGACAUGACUUCUCUCCUAGACCGAAGACUACCCCCUGGUGCUUGCGCGUGAGGACGAUUGAAGCAAAACUCGGAAAGCGUUCUGGCCAACGGAAGGCCCGGAUAAUGCAUUGUGCUAUCUUGCUGCUGGUUCAGCUAUUGUUUCUUGAAUACUAUUCACUAGCAGAAGACGUCGGUUUCGACUACGAUCCGACAGACCUGGUCGCGUGGGAACACGACUAUGGCCACUACCCUUAUCGAUCAUUCGAGUCUACCGAUUUGACACCACCAGCUGUAGCCCGAAAAGUCGACUCGCCAACAUGUCACGAUGGACUUUUCACAUUCCUCACCCCCCGAGGUACUGCGGUCAAUGAGAGCCAUGGUUUUGUCAUACUCGACGACGAAGGAGAACUUGUUUGGAUGCAAAAGACGGAAGGACAGCCAUACAACCUUGAUGUACAGACGUACCAAGGCGCUCCACACUUGACGUACUGGUUGGGCGAUGAUACUGUUGGCGGUCAUGGAGAAGGUGACUAUUAUCUGCUCAGCUCCUCCUACGACCUCGUCGCAAAGAUAUCCGCAUUGGACGACCUUCGCGCCGACCUGCAUACCCUGAGCAUUACCGCGGACGACACUGCUAUCAUUAGCAUCUACCAGCCGUACGAGAAAGAGAAGGGCGGACAACUGCAGUACAUAUGGGACUGCCUUUUCCAAGAGAUUGAUAUCGCGACCAACAUUCUGGUCUUCCAGUGGCGCGCUUCUGACUAUCAUGACACUUCCGAGUCUUAUCAUGAGCCGAGAUACAAGGACGAGGGAUCGACCAAUCAUACACAUUGGGAUUGGUACCACCUCAACUCGGUCGAGAAGGACAACUUGGGCAACUAUCUUGUCUCGGCCCGGUACACCCACUCCAUCAGCUAUAUCGACGGUCAGACUGGUGACCUCAUCUGGACAUUGGGUGGCAAGCGCAACAUGUUCACAUCUAACGAUCAUGCUCUUGACUUUGCGUCUCAGCAUUUCGCGCAGUUUCAUUCGGUUGACGACUUUCCAAGCCUGAAGGCAUCCUUCGGCGAGAGUCAAGAAGGUGUAACCACGCGCCUGAUCAGUCUUUUCGAUAAUAGAAAUGACGAUACAUGGGAUUCGGGACUGGCUUCGAGAGGGUUACUCCUCGCUGUCUCUUAUCCUACGCAUCCUGAUUCCAAUGGCAAAAUCAACAAGGAUGACUACAAAGUGAGAAUUGUCCACGAAUAUUUGCAUCCUGGCGAAUUGAUCGCCGACAGUCAAGGAAGCUUACAAGUUGUUCCUUCGUCUGGUGACAACCAGGACCCAAGCAUUGUGGUCGGAUGGGGCGCGCGAGCAGUGUGGUCUUCUUAUUCUUCCUCGGGCAAGCUCAUGUGCGAUGACCACUUUGGCACGGAAGCUGCCAUCCUCAAUGGCUCAGUGCAAUCAUACCACGUGAUGCGAUAUCCUUGGAUUGGUCUACCAAGCGAGCCCCUUGCUGGCAUAUACAACCCUGACCGAAACAGUCUCUUUGUCUCCUGGAACGGAGCCACCGAGGUUGACUCAUACGCGUUGCAGCACAGUGAUGAGAGUGCGAGUGGUAGUUACGCGGGCUGGAUCUACAUCAGUAUCACUCCAAAAGAAGGAUUCGAGACAGAGGUCGUUAUCGGAGAGUGCGUUACUCGGUUCGUUCGUGUCAUCGCGCUAGAUGUAGAAGAUAACGUGCUCGGUGUCUCUGAGGCAAUCGAAUUGCCUUUCAAAACCGGCUUCCACUGCGACGAGAUCAACAACAUGUAUAUCACGUCCGAUGGCAACACUUUCUCUGCAGGGGGCGUGACGUUUGCACCUGUCGCUUUGAUCAUGGCCGCCAUGUCCUUCACGAUGUUUUUGAUUCUCAUGUUUGAAAGCUGGCGUGCAUACAAAAUAUGGCAAAAGAGGAGGGAACAUGCAUACUACCGCCUUGAGGUAGAUCCUUAUUUGUGAUUUGGUACCCCUUCAGACGCUAUGCUUGGCGUUUGUAUAUUUGGCUCGUUACGAUAUACCCUGUUUUUAUCAUUUGCGUAUGCAUAGACCUCGACGCAUGUUCUACUAGCAAAAUCAUAUUGGCGCUUCGGAGCGCUAGAUACUUAGUGUAUUCAAUUCGCGUUACAUCUUUUGGCACGCUGAGGGCGAUCACGGUGUACUGUAUGCAGGUAGGCAGACGUCGUGGGAACCUGCAUAUAUCCUUACGACUGGUCAUAGCCCAACAAACAACAACUUUUUUACCUCUU